AUGAGUUCAGAUUCGGUUAAUAUGGUGACUAGAAGAGUGGAUCUCCGAUCUGACACAGUAACAAAACCAACUGAAGCAAUGAGGGCUGCUAUGGCUAAAGCUGAAGUUGAUGACGAUGUAUUAGGUAAUGACCCGACAGCCCUUUGCCUAGAAACAGAGAUGGCGAGGAUUUUGGGCAAGGAAGCGGGACUAUUUGUUCCUUCAGGCACUAUGGGUAACCUCAUUAGUGUGCUUGUUCAUUGUAAUGUUAGAGGGAGUGAAGUCAUACUCGGUGAUAACUCUCAUAUCCAUAUAUAUGAAAACGGAGGCAUUUCAACAAUUGGAGGGGUCCAUCCAAGGACAGUUAAGAAUAACAAAGAUGGAACGAUGGAUAUUAAUCUGAUUGAAGCUGCCAUUCGAGAUCCUGAAUUCGAGAUUUGUUACCCUACUACUACGCUUAUCUGCUUGGAAAAUUCACAUGCAAAGUGAGUAUUAGUGUUAUGCUGUUUAUCUGUUCUGAGCUAGCUUUAGCUUUUCCUGAAGAGUGCAUAUUCCAGUGAAGCGGUUAAUUAAUUGAUGAUAUCCACCAGAUGUUUAUACAGUGUAGGUUUCCACUAUGUUUAGCAAACGCUGGUCAUAACUUAUUUUCCUUUCCCUUCUUACGUAAUUUAGGGUUGGGGAAAGAAGUGCCCCCCGGGGAGGGGGUAUAGCUUGUAGUUUUUGAAGGAGAGAAUAUUAUUUUUAAUUCUUAUGGCUGUUUGCCAGUUUUUGUGGGGCCAACUUUCUCUUAUCCUCCAUUUUUAAUUGAAAAACGUUGAAGGCUGUUCUUGGCAUGUUUAGAGACCCGAAUGGUGUAUUUAACUUUCCUAUGAUUGGAUGGUUAAAUGCAGUCAGUUUGCAGUUGUUAUCAUGCUUAGGCAUGGUGAAUAAGCAAGUUAAUUUUUUCUUUUUUAACCAACUGGUCUGUGUUUUAGUAGUUGAGUUUGCAAUAUGACAAGAUUAUGGGCGAUUGUCUCCUACAUGUUCACACAGGGCUAUGCCUUUUCUCCGUUGAAGAUGGCUUAUAAGUGUCUAGGUGGUGUCAUCAGUCUUUCAGAAAUGAUUUGACUUUUGUCUGGCCUGUGAAUGCAGCAUCUGACCCUAAAAGAUCUUACCACUUCUCUGUUUUUUUUUUUUU